UUGCAUAGCUGCCGGAAAGCUGGGAACAGGAGAGAGAGAGAGAGAGAGAAAAGAAGGGGAGAAGGAAGGAGAAAGAGCGAUAAUGUAGGAGCAGAAAAAAAGAGAGGGAUAAAGCAGGUAACCGGGAAAGGAAAGUGAGGGAAAUAUAAAUACAAGAAGAAAGAGAAGAGAAAGGAAAAAGAAAGUCCAUAAGUAAACUACAAAGAGUGAGAGUUGAGAUAGGAAAGCACAAAGAUUAAGGAGGGAAGAGUAGUAAAUAUAGCGUGGGGUAGAAUCACAGUUGAUAGGUGAAAUAGCAGCAUUUUAAUGCAGGGGAAGAAAAUAGAUUGAAAUAAAAGAAAGAGAGAGAUACUGAAGAUACAUAUAGAAAGAGAUUUAGGGAGGGCACAGGAUAGAGGGAGAUAAAUAGGCUUAAUGAGGGUUUGGAAGACAGAAGAAGGGAGAUAGCGAUAGCACUAAAGUAGCGAGAAGGAGGGAGAGACACAAGGUGGUUAAUUUAGAAAGGAAAGUACAGGGUUUAGACUUGAAAUGGAUAUGGAAGGAAAAGAAAAGUAAUUAUCUAAGGGAAAGACAGAAUCUAGUGUGGUUUACCUGGUGAGUUGUGUUUGAAUGUAUUGUACCACUGGUACUGAGGAGGAUUGAAAACUAUUCAGGACCAACAAGGUUGGCUUAUUUUGGGAGUGAGUGAGGUGGAGAAAUAAACAGUUCUAACAAUUGAUGUAGAUUGAGAGAGGGUUAUGAAGAAAAGUUGAGAGGUACAUCGAUGGAACCUGCCAGACAAGUAGAACACUAACAGCAACUUCAGUGACAUACAUAUAUAGAAGAAACAUAGUAAUAGAUAGGCAUAUAAAAAUAACACUGAUUACAAGAAAACAUUCUGAGAUAAAGAACAGGAUCAGGAAAUUGUUAAAAGUAGAUUCAAAAGAUUGAGAUAACUGAAGAGCUGAGAUUUUGGGGUACAUAGAAUAGCAACAUAAGGGCUAUCAGAAAGUUUAUGUGGUAGAGAAGGUGAAGAUAUUGACAGUGGGAACAGCCACAAAAUCUCAGACAAAAUGUGUGAGCUCUUGAGUGUAUCUUAAAUAAUAUAGACAAACAUAAAGAAGGGGGUGUCAGAAGAGAAAAUUGAUUAAAAAAAUUAGGCAGAAUAAGUUUGCACAGGGACUGAAAGGAAAAAUAAUCAAUGCUGAAAUCCCUAGGAAAUAACGGUGAGAGUCAGGCCAUUAGAAUUGUGGCUCUCACAUGAAAAAGAACGGGAAUGGUCUGGAUCAUGGAACAAAAAUAAAAGUCUGCUAAAGAGACAGGUAUAAGGAAACUGAGGCAGAACGUAGAGAAGAACAGAAACAGUCAAGGAUUGGUCUGCAGGGGUGGAAGUCAAACAUUGAGACAACAGUCAGUGAACGAAUCAGCUGGAGAAAGUGAAGACGAAACACUCAAGCCCGUGUCAUUACUUGGACAACAUGGCUGCAGAGAACAGUGCCCUACCUGAACUGAACCAGGACAAGUAUGAUGGGGAUGAACACAUCAAAAUCAUCUGUUUAGGAGACAGUGCUGUGGGUAAAUCCAAAAAACAGAGAACAGGAAUAAGGGAUCCUAUUCUGGCUGGAUGCCACUUACCAGUGGAGUUCCACAGGAGUCGGUGUUGGGACUGCUGCUUUUUACGAUAUUUCUGGGACACAGCAGGACAAGAACGUUUUCAGAGUAUGCAUCCAUCCUAUUACCAUAAAGCACAUGCCUGUAUCAUGGUGUUUGAUGUGCAGAGGAAGAUAACUUACAAAAAUUUGAGUAACUGGUACACUGAGUUGAGGGAAUCUCGGCCUGAAAUCCCCUGCGUGAUUGUCGCUAACAAAAUAGAUGCUGAUAUGAAAAUCACACAGAAAAGCUUUAACUUUGCCAAGAAGCAUGGGUUACCUUUUUACUUCGUGUCAGCAGCUGAUGGGACCAAUGUAGUAAAGCUAUUUCGUGACACAAUAAAAUUGGCAGUGUCAUAUAAAGAAAACAGUAGUGAUUUUAUGGAUGAAGUCAUGCGGGAGCUGGAGAAUUUUGAUCUUGAAGCAGACAAGGAGGCCAGGGAUGACCAGCCGAAGGAGGACCAGUCUGAAUCGCCAUAAUGAAAUUUGUAGAGGGGAGGAGACAUGGACAAGUUCUGUGUUCUGUGCAGGAUAACAUUUGGUCUCCCUCAAUCUUAUAGACUGAGUAAGGAACUCAACUUGGCUGAAGUUCAAGACUAUCACUUCAUUGGAUUUCAUAUUUUGGAGGAACAUCUGUUUCCCUGACUCCUCUUCCCAUUUGUUCAUCUCUUCACGCAUUUGAAAAAUGAAGUAUAUGGAAAAAGAACUAGAAUUUUCCCCACUAAUCAAAUGAUGAAUAAGAAGUGGGUUCAUAUGUAAUAAUUACAAUGUGUUGUUUUGAAAUUUAUUUACAGUAACCUUUCUGUAUUUUUUCACACUAACAGAUGAGGUUGAGCAUCACUCAACUCCGUGUUACAAUCUUUGUGCCCUGAUUGUGUGUUAUUAUAGCAAGCAUGGCUGUGUGUGCAAAAACUGAUUCUACACUGCU